AUGGCUCCAACCAACGGCACCCCGAAGAAGGGUACUCCAAGCAAGGCCACCUCCGCCAAGGGAACCCCGAGAAAGGCCACCCCAAAGAGAAACAAGACUCGAUCCAAGGUGACCGUGGCUGAUCUUUCGAGCAAGAGCACCGAAGCCAUCACUUUCCUUUGGAUUCUCCUUCAGGCAGAACUGAAGAAUAAACCCAACAACGCUCCGGAAUACAAGGCCGUGACCGAUGCCCUCGGAAUCACUAAGAAUGCUGCGUGUCUUCGCUAUUAUCGCAUCAGAGAUGCCUUUGCAAACGAUGCCGAGUCCGACCAGGACCACGAGGAGGGGGAUGUCCAGGAGGAUUGCCCCAAGAAGCAAUCGAAAAGCCCCAAGAUCAAGAAUGAAGCUGAGUCCGAGAUCCCUACGGUCAUGGAUGUAGAAGAGACUGUCGGCCCUCGUGUCAAAAUUGAGGAGUUUGACGUACCCUAUGUUCAGAUGGAGGUGGAGGAUGAUUUCGAGGUUUGA